UCGGCUUUCAGUAUUUCAGCGACCUUUUCACAAAAAUCCAGUUUUGUCCCCUUAUCCCCAAAGCUCCGCGGCAGAAGAACCCUGCAAAAACCUCUUCAAUGGCUUCCCAAUUCAGAAUCAUUUUGCUAUAAAAUCUCACUUCACUAUCUUAUCUUCAAGAAACCCACUAAAAGUAUCUCAUUUUUCAUCUUUCAGAUGGAGCUAUAUUCAUCUUUUCUAUCACACUCCACACCAGACCUAUCCUUCUCCUCCUCACUCUCACCCUUCCCUUUUCAAACCCACCUCAAACUCCCCAAAAUCCUAUCAAAUUUCAACAUUUUAGCAGUAGCAGUCGACCCAAAAGAGCUCCCCCAAAACAGCCCCCAAAGACUCUUGAAAGAGCUAGCAGAGCGCAAGAAAGUAGUUUCGCCCAAGAAAAAGGCACCCCCGAAGAGAUUCAUCCUCAAACCUCCACUGGAUGAUGCAAAACUAGCUGAAAGAUUCCUCAACAGCCCCCAGUUGUCAUUGAAAUCGUUUCCUUUGUUGAGUUCUUGCCUGCCGUCGUCACGGUUAAACAAUGCUGAUAAAACCUGGAUGGAUGAGUAUUUGCUUGAGGCGAAACAGGCUUUGGGGUACCCUCUGGAGCCUUCAGAGAGUUACGGUGAUGACAAUCCAGCUAAGCAAUUCGAUACAUUGCUGUAUUUGGCAUUUCAGCACCCGCAUUGUGAGAGGACUAAUGCGCGGCAUGUGAGGUCGGGGCAUUCACGGUUGUGGUUCUUGGGGCAGUAUGUGCUGGAGAUGGCAUUGUGUGAUUUCUUCUUGCAGCGAUAUCCAAGGGAAUCCCCUGGGCCGAUGAGGGAGAGGGUUUAUGCUCUCAUAGGGAAGAGGUUUUUGCCCAAGUGGAUCAAAGCUGCUAGCUUGCAGAAUUUGAUUUUUCAGUAUGAUGAUAUGGACAAGCUCAUUAGAAAAGAUCGAGAGCCACCGGUGAAAUCUGUGUUCUGGGCCCUUUUUGGGGCAAUCUAUUUGUGCUUUGGCAUGCCAGAAGUAUAUCGUGUUCUUUUUGAAGUAUUUGGAAUGGACCCAGAGGCUGAAGAUUGCCAGCCUAAACUGAGGAGACAGCUUGAGGAUGUAGACUAUGUUUCUGUUGAGUUUGAGAGCCGAAAACUGAAUUGGCAAGAUGUUGCUGCUUAUAAGCCUCCAGAAGACGCUCUCUUUGCUCAUCCUAGACUUUUCAGAGCAUGUGUUCCACCUGGAAUGCAUCGCUUCCGUGGAAAUAUAUGGGAUUAUGAUAGUAGACCUCAAGUCAUGAAAACACUUGGAUACCCCUUGCCUAUGGUGGAUAGGAUUCCUGAGAUCACUGAAGCCAGGAAUAUCGAGCUUGGACUAGGGCUGCAGCUCUGUUUCCUGCACCCAUCAAAAUACAAGUUUGAACAUCCACGAUUUUGUUUUGAGCGUCUGGAAUAUGUGGGUCAAAAGAUUCAGGACCUUGUAAUGGCCGAGAGGCUACUCAUGAAGCAUCUAGAUGCUCCUGGAAGGUGGUUACAAGAGAAGCACCGCCGGGUGUUAAUGAACAAGUUCUGUGGAAAGUACUUGAGGGAGAAAUAUCUCCAUCGCUUCAUCAUUUACAGCGAGCAGGUGCAAGAUGCAUAUGAGCACAACCGAAGGUUGAGAAAUCCAGCAACAACCUCUGUUCAACAAGCCAUUCAUGGGCUUGCAUAUGCUGUUUAUGGGAAGCCGGAUGUUAGGCGCCUCAUGUUUGAGGUUUUUGACUUUGAACAGAUCCAGCCUAAGGUUGUAUAAAGAUCAAAGUUCACCACAUGAUAUAUUCAACAUCCACAGGAUAUAUGAAACAUCUGCAUAGUGAUAUACCCUAGUAUGAUGAGGAGCAGAUAGUUUGUACAGGUUAUAUAUUUAUAAUGUUGGUGGAGAAUUCUAAUUUGUGUAAACUAUCCACAUUCUAUGCGUGUAGAAGAUCAGUGAUCAAUAUUUGCUCAUGGUAAUGCACAUCUCUAAAGUCAUUGGCGAAUGAUCAAGAAUCAGGAAUAAAUGAAGUUUCCUUAUUUA